AUGGUACGAAGCGCAUGGUUGACCCAGAUGGGUACUGACCUAGCAUUGGAGUUCCAACCAUGCGUGGGGGGAACGGCAUCUGGACCAUUUGGUGUAGCUAUAAUAUAUGUAUACUUCCUGAUUGGAGUCAUAGCAAAUCGUCUACUUGUUUCACCGCUGACUAAAUGGACAGCCAGAGUAGAGAGAGCGGAAGGUGACUUCAGAUACAAACAUGUCUCUGUGAGAAACAACGCAGAAGAGUCUGCUUUCUAUAGCGCAUCAGAAUUCGACAAGCACGAAAGUGAUCGAUUCUUUGUUUUUUUGCUGAAACGACAACUGGGUGCUACUUUAUGGAAAUAUCCAGCACAAUGUAAUGACGCUCUAUUACUUCUACAAAACUUUUUCGACUACUAUGGUGCCAUUAUCAGUUAUGUUAUUCAAUUGUUUCCAAUAUUCAUUUUUCACACUUAUGAUAAUAUGGAUGCCGCCGUACUUGGUAAACAAAUCAGUAACAAUGCGUUCUACUUUAUUUACUUGAUCAACAGUUUUACUCGACUAACGGAUUUAGCUAUGAACAUUGGAGAGAUGGCAGGUUAUUCUCAAAGGAUAGCAGAACUAGUUCGCCAAAUGAAAAGUUAUCACGACGAUGGGAAAAGCUUCUGGGGUUAUGGCGAAGGCGUGGAUUCAUCGGAUCUUUUGGUGGCUCAGAACCUAUCAUUCUCUUUACCUUCUGAUCCUAAUAGCGUAGUUGCUGCAGAUCUGAAUCUUCGACUUCCCCAAGAGAAGACUCUUCUGAUUACUGGAAAUAGUGGUGUUGGAAAGUCGUCACUGUUAAGAGUCGUGAAGAACUUAUGGGAGCCAUGCUCUGGAACGAUAAUCAGAAAUUUCACUCAAACAAAUGCAAUGUUCCUACCACAACGACCAUAUUUCCCACCUGGAUCAUUGUCUAUACGGCAACAGAUUGUAUUUCCAAGAAAUGAAAGUGACAUGCCAUGCCUCGAUCAGGAAAACGAUAGGAUUAUGAAAAUUCUACAGUCGCUCGACCUAAUAAAGCUGGUUUCGAUGAGCGGUGGUUUGACCGAUUCUGCCGAUUUCGAAUGGUAG